AAAACAGUGUCUUCAAUUUCGAUUGAGAACUUGUUCUUUGUUCUUGUUUUAUUUUGGUUUUUAUUUCUUUUCUCGUUCACAAAAUAAAUAAUAAUAAUAAUAAUAAAAACACUAAUCCAUUGUAUUCGAUGGCUGAAGAAGAUAACAUAAGGGUUAGUAACUCUUCUUCAUACCCUCCACCGUUUCGCCAACAACAAACAGAGGAUGGUGACUCGGCCGAGUCGGAGCAACUCAACUCAGAAGUAGUUGACUGGGAGUAUAAUUCAGUACCUGUCCUUGACUAUGACAAGGAUAUUAAUUAUUAUGGUACUGAUGAUGAUGAUAGUGGUUUUGUUGUUGAUGAGAUUUGUAGAGAUUGGGGUCUAUUUCGUUUGGUCAACCAUGGGGUUCCUCCUACUCUUUUGAGCCAACUUCAUGACCAAGCCAAACAGAUAUUUUCUCUCCCUUUUGAAACCAAACAGGAUAUAAUGACUACCCCUUUGUCUUAUUUCUGGGGUACUCCUGUUCUAUCCCCAUCUGGGGUAGCUUUAUCCAUGAAAGGUUCUCAUCAAAAUAGUAGUUGGGUUGAAGGUAUCAAUAUCCCUCUCUCCCAACUCUCUAAAAUUCCACCUCAAGAUCAUCACCCUACCCUUAAUUCUUUCAGAGUUUUGAUAGAGGAAUAUGGAAAGCACCUAGGAAGGUUAGCAAGAUCCAUAUUCGAAAGAAUGGCAAAGAAUCUGAAUUUGGAUAAAACUGAAUCCGAAUCCGACCUAUCCGAACUAACCGGAUUCAUUCGGGCAUACCGGUACCCGAUAUGCUCCGAGUUCAGUAAGGAACACCCUGCAUGGGGCAUGGACUCUCACACAGACAGCUCAGUCUUAUCCAUACUGAGUUGUGAAGACCAAGUUGGUGGACUUCAAGUCCUCAAAAACGACAAUUGGUUAACGGUCGAACCUAUCUCCAACACUCUAAUAGUCAACCUUGGAGACAUGAUGCAGGCGAUUAGUAACGAUGAGUACAAGAGUGUGAAGCAUAGAGUGAAAGUGAACAGAUAUAAAGAGAGAAUUUCUAUAUGUUACUUCGUUUUUCCAAAAGAAGGGAGUGUUAUACGAAGCAUCAACUAUAAGCCUUUUACUUAUACUGAAUUUCAGAAGCAAGUUCAGCAAGAUGUUAAGGCCCUUGGAUUCAAAGUUGGCUUAGACCGUUUCAAGCAUACUACUACUGCUGCUGCUGCUAUUACUGAGGCGUGUUAAACGUUUUCUUUUAUAUAAUAUAUAAUGUCGUUUUAUUGGGUCCUAUAUACUGCUACUACUACUAGUACUUUGUUUGAAUUUUGCUUUUGUUUUUUUUGAAUGGGUUUGACUUUUACUUUAAUUCUCAGUUAUAUGUGGGUUUUAUUUUGUACUCGUUGUAGUAUUAUAUAAAUAAUAUUAAUUAGACGUUGUUGUGUA